AUGUCAUCCUCAUCAUUCUCAUCUCCCGAAAUAACGCCCGCAAUGGGACCAGACAUUCGUCCCGAUUUCUCGUACAAGAACUCGACACACGACGAGGUCCUAGAGGACCUUUCAAGCCGCUUCAUUCUCAAUCUUCCGGACGAGGAGCUUGCGUCACUAGAACGGAUAUCUUUCCAGGUGGAACAAGCUCACUGGUUCUAUGAAGAUUUCAUACGAGAGCAGAACUCGAAGCUACCUUCUCUGACGCUCAAGAAGUUUUCCGCCAUGCUCUUCAAAGCAUGCCCCCUCCUUCACCAGUGGAGUCACGACCAUGAACAAGCCUUCAACACAUUCAUGCAAUACAAGACGCGGGUGCCCGUAUGUGGGGCCAUCAUGCUAAAUGAAACUUGGGAGAAGUGUGUAUUGGUGAAAGGCUGGAAGGCCUCAUCGGGAUGGGGUUUUCCUAAGGGAAAAAUCAAUGAAUCUGAACCCCAGACAACAUGUGCGAUUCGAGAGGUGUUAGAGGAGACUGGCUAUAACUUGGCCGGUCAAGUAAAUCCCGACGACGUGGUAGAAAUGACAAUCAAGGAGCAAAAGAUUGCGAUGUACAUUACGAAAACACGGAAGGAGAUCAGUAGGAUCGAUUGGUUCAAACUUUCGGACCUACCAACAUGGAGGCGAAAUAAUGCAUCUCCGGGGAAAUUCUAUCUUAUUUCACCAUUCAUUGGGUAUGCCUCGCUGUCCUUUCUCUUGCUAGCUUGA